AUGCCAUCAACAAAGUAUCAUGUCGUCCCACACGAUACACAGAGACACCCCACAGUACGCGCAGCAUACAUACAAAACCUCGUAGACCUCCUCCACGCCUGCAUCCUCAGGCGAGAGCUGGACCGCGCACGUCGCGCCUGGGCAAUUCUUGUUCGGUGCCCGGACGUCAACUGGCAGGACCGCUGGAACUGGGGUCUGUAUCUCCUGACUACUGGGGACAAUGGCAACAACAACAACAAUGGUACCCAAGGUGGACCGUCUGCAUCACAGUAUGGCGCAUCACAGUACUCGCAGACCGAGCGCGGGGCGACCGAACGCUUCCUCAGUAGCCUACAGCUUCAUUCUAAGCCUUAUGAAAAACCCGAGAUCCUCGCCGAAUACGUCCUCCACCUUAUCGCCGUUGGCCGGUACCGUGCCGCCCUUGACCAGCUGGAGACCUACAUCUCCGCGUACCCAUAUGUGACUUCAGCCUCCCUCCACACGUACGCUGGCCUCCUCAACUUCUACCUUGCCCAGCCUGAGAGUGCCCGUCGUCCGCCUAAAGUGCGGCGAGAUGACCGCGAAAUGUCGGUCGACUCCAAUGUCAGCAAGGCUACGGAUACGACAGAUGCGACAGAUACAACUGACGGCACGUCGUCCGGCGAGCCGAACAUGGGGCUCAUUCGCACCGCACGCACCUGGUUUGUCAAAGCACUGGACAUUGAUCCAGCCGAACCCGUGGCAAAGGGCUUUGUUGCAAUGGUGCGUCUCGUGGCGGAGCGUGAGGAGCGUUGGCAUUCAGAUGCCUCCAGAGCCGCCGUCCUCAUUGAGCUUAUCACUAACGCUGCCCAGAUCGAUGCUCCAGACCGAGCCGACGACGACGACUCGGACGACGACAGGUCAGCAGACGAGAUGGACCUUGACGACGACGACGAAGGGAGAGAGGAUCAGAGUUUUGAGACGCAGACUGGCGCGUAUGGUAGUAGCGACGAUGAUGAGUGA